UCUUUGUUGUUUUAGGUUUCACUGCGCUGUUCAGUUCUAAAGGUUUCGCAACCAACUCAUUUUCUGUUCCUUCUCAAUACAGCUCUUAAAAAAUGGCUGGAGCUGCUGAAUCUGUCAACAAAUUUACUCUGGACCUUCAUAAAGUCCUGAUGGGAAAGGGUGAUGCUGCAAAAAACACAUUCUAUUCUCCUGCAAGCAUAUGUGUAGCACUCGGCAUGGUGUAUGCUGGUGCUCGGGGCGAGACAGCAGAUGAAAUGGCUACAGCGAUGCAUUGGGAGGGACAUAAGCCCAUGCUACCCAGCAAGCACCAGGAGCAUAAGGAAUUAUCUGUUGCUCUGAACAAUCCUGGAGCCACAAAUGAGAUGAGCAUUGCAAACAACCUGUUCCUGCAGAAAGAUUUCAGUAUCCUUAAAGAGUUUACAGAUAUUUGCCAGAAGUACUAUGAUGCUGAUAUAUCACUUGUGGAUUAUAAAACUGACUUUGAGGGUGCCAGGAAGCAUGUGAACCAGUGGGUGGAGGAGAGGACCAAGAAGAAGAUUUGCGACUUGAUCGCACCAGGCGUAUUCAAUAUGCUAACCAGGCUGACACUAGUGAAUGCCAUUUACUUCAAGGGAAUGUGGGACAAGCCAUUCAAGAAAGAGCACUCGCAUUCCUCAGAGUUCCGUACCACUAGUUCAAAUGAAGUGGAAGUAGAAAUGAUGUUUCAAAAAUCAAAGUUCAAGUAUCUGCACAGUGACAAGUACAAGUGUAAAUUGUUAGAGCUUCCAUAUGUUGAUACUCAGUUAUCAAUGGUCCUGGUGCUUCCAGAUGAAACUGAAGGCCUGGCAAGGUUUGAGCAAGAUCUGACCCAUGACAAGAUGACAGACAUCUUUAACUCAGUUUCCUCGCAAAGACCAGCUGAUGUAGAGGUCUAUAUCCCUAAAUUUAAGAUGACAAGUGAGUUCAAGUUGAAUGAGGCCUUACAAGAGCUGGGGAUGAAAAAGAUGUUUGAUCAGGCUGCAGCAGAUUUCACAGGGAUCUCUCUACCUCCUGAGCAUUUAUUUGUGUCUGCAGUACUUCACAAGGCGUUUGUUGAGGUGAAUGAGGAAGGCACGGAGGCUGCUGCUGCUACUGCAGCGAUCAUGAUGAUGAGGUGUGCCAUCAUGAGAGAGCCCCUUGUGUUCCGCGCUGAUCACCCAUUCCUUUUCUUGAUCCAGCACUGCAAGUCUAAGUGUGUGCUGUUCAUGGGAAGAGUAAUGAAUCCAGUAGAAUAGCCCCAAAACUCUUUAUGGGUAUAACCAAGGGUAGACAUUUAUCAAAGGUUGUGGACUCUUAGGUAAAAAUUUAAUCAGCUUAGCAAAUUAGAUCUUGUAAGAUUUUGAGAUGUAAAUUAUAAUAAUCUUUGAUAAAUAAAAACAUGUUCUCCUUGGAAACAUGCAAUGACCCAAUAGGUUUACCAUAUGUAUUCAGUAUAAUGUUUGAUAACAUCCAAUGGCAGGUAGUGAUUGUCCUCCAUUCACAUUCUGGGUCGUAAUGCUUGCUGGCAUUGGGCAUUAAAAGGAUUGUGGGGGAAGGGUAGGAAAAAAUGUAGUCCAAUGUAAUUUUGGUGCAAAUAGAAGAAAGUGCCCUUGUUCCCAAUACCCCAGGCACUUGUCAGGGGAGGUUUAAGAGAGUCUGUUGCCCACCCGGAUUAGGAUACAAGCUGGGUUCGACUCAAGUUGACACCUUCUUUGCUAUCUAAUUAGAUGAUUAAUUUUAUGUGUGCAUUUGGAUAGAAUUAGUUUCAAGAUGGAUCUAGUGACCUAUGACCAGGAUACAGAUUUGAACCUAAUUGAUCCAUGGCAAGUGAAUUAUUACUAUAGACCCAGUCGGCAUUAUUCUCUAGACAUGCCCCUAUACCCGCUACAACCUAUAUAGUAUAGCCUCCUAAUAGCAGCUGUUAGCUGGCUCCUGUGUGCGCCCUCAGGAAGCCUGAAACUCAAAAAAGCCGAGUUGGAGGCUAUGGUUAGCAUAAACAUUUAGUAUUUCACUCAUCCUUCAAACAGACACUGUUGUAAGCAAAUGUGGAUAACAUUAAACCUUAUUGGGAAGGGGGGGGUGUUUUGGAAGGGUAUAUUUUUGUCCUCCCCCUUUUCCUUGUACAGUCUGGAUCUGUCUGUGAACAACCUUACUCUAAGAGACAUUUUCCAGAGGAUUUCCACUUGAAUGGGUGUAAUAAAAGAAUCAACACUA